GUAACUGAUUGCAGCAAUGCACUCUCGCUGUACUUGAUCGCCUGGAGAGCUAGAGGUUGAUGUCCUUUGCGGGCAGAUGCUCCCAGGGCAUCCCAGAAAUUCCAUCGAGGAACGACGAUCCUAUGAUGUCGAACCCAGGUGGGAACUUCGCAGAUUCUCCUGGCCAAUGGUUCAACGAGAAUCCCUUGCUGCAAAGUUGGAAUGCAUCGGCGCAGGAUGCUUUGGCAGGAACUUUGCCAGGGCAAACUUCGCAUUUGCACACACCUCGCUCUUCAUUAGGGUCUGUGCCAAGAACAUCAGAUAUGACACAGGCACAGGGUGAGCUCCUGAUCGAGUACCCACAGGCCGUUUUCAGAGAGAAGGUCGUAGAGGUGCCAACAAUCUGCACUCAAGAGUUGGUUCGAGCUGUUCCAAAAGUUGAGGUUCAUGAGAUCAUCAAGGAAGUACCGAAGAUCGAAUAUCAGGUCUCGGAGCGUGUCGUGGAAGUGCCCGAGGUGAGAUAUGUGGAAAAGAUUGUUGAAGUGCCGGAAGUGCACACGCAAGAGAUCGUGAGAACAGUUCCCAAGAUUGAAGUUCAGGAGGUCGUCAAGACCGUGCCGAAGGUGCAGGUUCAAGUGCAAGAAAGGAUCGUUGAGGUGCCAAAGAUUUGUCAUGUGGAGAAGGUUGUGGAAGUGCCCCAAGUUCAGGUGCAAGAGGUGGUGCGGGCAGUGCCUCGCUUGGAGGUUCAGGAGAUUAUCCGAGAAGUUCCUAAGGUAGAGGUGCGCACAGUGGAAAAGCUCGUGGAGAUACCGCAGGUUGCCUUCGUGGACAAGUUUGUGGAAGUGCCACAGGUGCACGUGCAGGAAGUGCUGCGCCACGUGCCAAAGCUUGAAGUUCAUGAGGUGGUGAAGGAGGUCCCGAAAAUCCAGAUGGAGUACAGGGAGAGGAUUGUUGAAGUUCCUCAGGUUCAUUUGCAGGAGCGCCUGGUGGAGGUGCCAAAGAUACAGGUCCAGGAAGUUGUCAGGACGGUGCCCAAGGUGGAAGUGUGUACUGUGGAUCGCGUUGUGGAGGUCCCACAGGUCCAGUAUGUGGAGAAGAUAGUGGAGGUGCCGAAAGUUGAGAUUCAGGAGCGGCUGCAUCACGUGCCCAAAAUCCACACGCAAGUUGUGGAGAAGCUUGUCGAAGUUCCGCAGGUCAAGUUUGUGGAUAAGUUUGUGGAGGUGCCACAAGUGCAAGUUCAAGAGGUGGUCAGGCAUGUUCCGAAAAUCGAGACCCAGGAGAUCGUUCGGACAGUGCCCAAGAUUGAAAUCAGAACUGUAGAGAAGAUUGUAGAGGUGCCUCAGGUCCAAUACUUGGAAAAGAUUGUCGAAGUUCCAGAAGUUCGCAUUCAAGAGGUUGUGAGACACGUUCCCAAGAUAGAGGUGCAGGAAGUCGUGAAGCAUGUGCCAAAAAUUGAGGUCCAACUUCAAGAGCGAAUCGUGGAGCAUCCGCAAGUGCAUCAAGUUGAGAAGAUUGUGGAAGUGCCACAGACAGUCAUUCAGACUGUGGACCGGCAUGUGCCCAAGAUUGAAAUCCAAGAAAUUGUGAAGCACAUUCCAAAGAUUGAUGUCCAAAUACAAGAAAGAAUCAUCGAGCAUCCUCAGAUACACCAAGUAGAGAAGGUGGUGGAGGUGCCACAAACUGUGGUGCAAGAGGUGGUGAGACAUGUGCCCAAAAUCCAAGUGCAGGAGAUACUGAAGCACGUGCCAAAAAUAGAAGUGCAAGUGCAGGAGAAAAUCAUCGAGGUUCCCCAAGUGCAAGUAGUGGAAAAGAUAGUGGAAGUGCCGCAGACACAGGUCCACGAGGUUAUCAAGCACGUGCCCAAGCUUCACGUCCAGGAAGUGGUGCGGCAUGUUCCCAAGGUGGAAGUACAGGUUCAAGAGAGGAUUGUCGAAGUACCCCACAUCCAGACAAUCGAGAAGGUGGUUGAGGUACCCAAGAUUCAAAUCCAGGAGGUUGUGAGACACGUCAAGAAGCCUGUCAUCGAAACUCGGGAGAAGAUCGUAGAAAUUCCUUGCGUUCAGGUCCAGGAGAGGGUGGUGGAACAUCCAGAGAUCCAUGUACAAGAGGUCACCAAGCACAUUCCCAAGGUCAUGGAGGUCCAAGAAAUUGUAAGAAAUCGACAACGUGUAGAUUGGUCAGGAACCGACACAUCCGCCAUUUCGGGAGCAUCUAUAGAAGCGCCCACACUCCCACCAGCCACUCCCAAUGCAGGCAAUACCAGGUACAUUCCGACAACUGCAACAGCAGGAGAUACGACACCAUCAGCUAGAUCGGUAGCGACAGUCGAUAUCAACGCCACGCCCUCUACGGCUUUUGGCAUGAAGCUACCAACACUGAAGGCUUCAUGUGAACUGGAGGCUCCGGUGAUCAGAUUGCCAGAAGCUGAAGCUUCAAGGUCAAGACCCGUCAGCGAGGCGCCAAUCUUUGAGGUGCCGCAAGACAAUGUGACCAUGAUUUCAACCGGGCAAAGCAGGCCAUCCCCAGCCGUUGCUUCCUUGGUGGCCGGGUAUUGCGAUAAAUGUGGCGCCCCAUAUCCGCCUGGCUCCAGCUUUUGCCGCCAAUGUGGCCACCAGGUGGAUUCUUCCAGGCCAAGCAGCUCCAAUGGCGCCUCUAGAGGUCCUUGCGCUGCUCAUGCAGCCUACCCAUUUGGCGAUGCUGUGAGACCUCCUCCCGCAGGGAUGGCCAGGCUCUCUACACCAUCCACGUUAUAUUCCUCGGCGCCGACGCUAUAUCCUGGCAACCCUUUUGCAUACAGAUAAUUCAUUGAAACGCUUGACGCCACUGUGAAGACAUCAUGUACAGUACAGGACUUGGGUUCCGCUGCGGAAACAAGGCUAACAGUCAAAUGUUAGAGCAAGGAGCAAACAAGCUGCGUGAGUUCUGAGACCUCUUGCCCUCAACAUCCUCUGAGAUUCUGAGGAGCAAGAAUAGAAGAACAAGGGGCCCUAUGCUCCAUGCUCUUGGAAGGUCUCCUGGUUUCACAGCUGGCUAGUUUGAAAGGGCAUCGUGCAUCGAACAGGUCAAGAUGCUGGGGGUCUCGAUGGACAGAUGCCCCUGCGCAGUGGUUGUUAAGCUUACUUCAAGAGCAGAGAGGGAAUGUUCGCGAGUGUUAGC